UUCUCAGUAGUGAAAAUUCAUCAAUAGCAGACACAAGUUGAACAUGAAUAAUCCCCAAGUGUCUCCUCAACAAAUUGAGAAAGCGACGGUGGAGAUGCCAGGCAAGAUAAUUGUCCAAUAUCCACAAGUUAUGGAGACAAUUUAUUUAUCAGAAGACGGAGAAGAUGUCUCGGUGUACCCUAAAAUCGUCGGGGCGAUUCCCAAGAGAGUCCCAGAACCAGAAGAUGAUUAUGCAUUGAUAGAUAACGAGGAGGACAGUGAAAAUGAUUACGAAGAAGUAGCUAUGGCGUCUCCCAGACCGAAAUCACCUCGUACUCCACUAUCUGUUAAAAAAGAGGACAAAGAGGAGAGUUUCUGGGACAAGAUUGGAACUCUAGGACGCAAAAAGAGGAUAAAGGAAGUGCAAGAGGUUCAAGAGGAGGGAAAAUAUGCCAUCGAUUCACCUGGAUUAGCUGCCAAUCCGGACAGUCUUCCGGAGGAUUACGCCCUCGAUGAGAAUGAGGAACGAUCGAUGAUCGAGCCGAGGUCCCUCGAAGAUCCUAAAGUGCAGGAGCUUAUUUUCGUGCUCAUUGAGUGGAUAAACGAUGAACUUGCUAAUCACAGGAUCAUCGUUAAGGAUAUUGUGGAGGACUUGUAUGAUGGACAAGUGCUCCAGAAACUUAUAGAAAAAUUGACAGGAGACAAAUUAGACGUGCCCGAGGUGACCCAAUCAGAAGAAGGACAAAAGCAGAAACUGGAGGUCGUUCUCUCCGCAGCAAAUCGCAUCCUGGGGCGCUAUCCCCCCUACAAAUGGAGCGUAGAAUCCAUACAUUCCAAAGAUAUUGUACCAAUUCUCCACCUCCUGGUGGGCCUUGCUCGUCAGUACCGUGCACCAGUGCGUCUCCCAGAACGUGUGGCAGUGCAGGUAGUUGUCGUACGGAAAAAAGACGGCCAACUUAUUCACCGCACCGUGCGAGAGGAAAUAACAUCAACAUACGACGAUCUUGGAAUGCGCUGUGAACGGGACGCAUUCGACACGCUAUUUGACUCAGAGCACGACAAAUUGGCUAUUGUAAAGAAAUCACUUGUGACAUUUGUGAAUAAACAUCUGAGUAAAGUCCACCUGGAAGUAACGGACCUAGACACACAGUUCCAUGACGGUGUCUUUCUUACUUUACUCCUUGGUUUGCUCGAGGGUUUCUUCGUGCCACUCGGUAGCUUCCAUCUGACCCCAAAGACUCUUGAUCAGAAAGUCCACAAUGUGUCAUUUGCUUUCGAUCUAAUGCAGGACGUAGGCCUGCCAAAACCAAAGGCAAGACCCGAGGACAUCGUCAAUCUAGACCUGAAAUCAACUCUCCGAGUUCUUUACAAUCUUUUCACCAAAUAUAAAGAAGUCAAUUGAAAUGUUUAAUUUGUCGAAAUAUGUGCCUUCGAAUUCGUGAAAAUGUUUUCUUAACCAGUAGAGACUGCCAACUUUACACAAAUCUAUUUAAUAUUUUUUUAAUAUCGAUUUAUUAAUUGUAUUUAGGAGACUAAUGAAUUUGUCAUGACGUACGGAUUGUACAGAUGUAUUUUAACAGAAGAGAAUAAAUGUAUUUAAUUAUUACACGCA